UUUCCAGCAAUGGGACUAGCUGGCACCACAGUGAAAUAUCAGUCUCGAAAUGUGACUUGGCGGAAUGAAUAACUGAGGAAGGGAAGGAUCUUCAGCGUGUAAAACUGAUCCCGAAUGAGCCAAGGAUGUUUCACCCAGAUCCGCGUUGCUUACGUUGGGAUGUGAUUUUGCUGAGCGUGAUGGGUCUGGCGUGGUCGAGCAGUUUUGUCACAACUUCUUCGGACUUUUCCGGAUACAUGUCGAGGGUUUUGAGGAAUUACACAGAGCAUGCAUGUGAUGGAGAAUAUAUCUCACUGCGAUGUCCUCACAGAACAACCAUCAGUAUCCAGUCUUCAUUUUAUGGUAGGAAGGCACCCAGCCACCAGAUGUGCCCGUCACGCUAUGCACAGUCUCUUAAAGACCUUGAAAUGGAAGAUUUGUCCUGUUCAGCUAUCACUUCCUUACAGAAAAUGUUGGAUGAGUGCCAGGACAGAAGGAGUUGUCAGCUUCUUGUCAACAGCAGAAUAUUUGGGAUAGAUCCUUGUCCCGGAACCAGUAAAUACCUCAUGGUUUGGUACAAGUGCCGGCCAAAUGAAUAUAAGAGUAAAGUGGCUUGUGAGGAUGACAAACUACGCCUGAACUGUAAACGGAGUAUGGUGAUAGCCAUUUACUCCGCUAUCUUUGGCCGAUCACAAGAAGGGAACUUGGAAUGUCCUUACUGGAAUGUCGGAGUUCCAGCUAUAGACUGCCAGUCAACCUUAGCAUUACAGAUUAUGACUAAACGAUGCCACAGGAAGAGAAGUUGCAGUGUGUAUGCGAGUUCCUAUGAAUUUGGUGAUCCUUGUUAUCCAGGCAUCCGCAAGUUCCUCAAUGUUAUCUAUACUUGUGUGCCUAAAAAAUUGCUGGAUGAAACCAACCCCAAGACAACUCACUAUAAAGGGAUUCAGCAGCUCAGUUUUCCACCACACCACAAGCCUUAUGAUCGUAAUAUUGUAGGAGAUGGUGUUUUUCCCCAUGAUGCAUUUCCUUUCAUAACAGAGGCAACUCUGCCAGAAGAAAAGAAGAAAGGAAGAUCAGCUUCUAAUUACCCGAUGGACACUAAACCUCUUCCUAUUCCACUGGAUGAGAGUAAUAAACAGCUUCUGGAAACAAGGGGCAUUCGGACUAAGAUGGCAUUAUUAAGCAACAUUCUGGAAACCUAUUCCUAUAUCGUAGAGAAUCCUGAGAAAACUGCUCUAUAUUUCCUGUCUGGCGUGUGCAUUGGACUGAUCCUGACGCUGUGCGCCCUGGUUGUACGGAUAUCCUGUCAGACAGACUUGAAGAAAUCUGUGGUUAAGAACACAGAUGAGGAGGGCAGUAAUGAUGAUGAUGAUGACAGCGAUGAUGAUAACUCCGACACUACCUCCAAUCUGUCAGCCAGGCGGCACCGUCGCUUUGAGAGAACUUUAAACAUGAAUGUUUUUACCUCAGCAGAGGAGCUGGAACGGGCUCAGAGGCUGGAAGAAAGAGAGCGGAUAAUUAGGGAGAUCUGGAUGAACGGUCAGCCAGAUAUUCCUGCCACUAGAAGCUUGAAUCGCUAUUACUGAUAGGCUACCUAGACAAGUGGUUUGGAUAUGGUAAUAGCAGAAGACACAAGGGUGAUUUUUGUACUCAACAGCUGGGCAAGACUAGAACUAUGGCUGUCCUCAGCCCUGGUGCAUCUCCCAAACAAUAGCUGGUGUAAAGAAUAUUAAUUUUACUAAACAUUUGGAAGAAUUUCUCACCAUAUUUAAGCUGAGAUGUUUGAUAACUGAAGACCACAUUGCUGCCCAUAUCCACUAAAUCAUUAACAUUAAUUCAAAGAAUUUAUCGUAUUUAACAGAUAUGUAGAUCUAUUCUCUAGCAGCAAAUCUGGUCUGGGGCCUCAGGGAUAAAAUCCUUCUAUUUCAUUUGUUUGAGCAUAAUGGUGAAUUUUCAUAUUUUGAGGAUGUUACAAAACCUCGAGGGUGUGAGGAAGACGUCCUCUAAAGAGGUUGGAUAAUGAUUUUCAGGAAAUACACAUGAACGUGCCUUUGCCUUUCUAACUUGAAACUGACAAUAGAAAAGUGUUUCACAAAACUUGUAUUUUGAAGUAACUUUUAUAAAUUGUGAAAAGAGGAUAUAUGAAUGUGAUGUACCAAAGAUGAGUUAAACAAGGCCAAAAUGUGUUCUUCUAUUGGCAGAACAUAAACAAAAAGAAAUGAAUGGAAAUCCUUUUCUAAAUGUAGCUUUUUUUCUUUUUUCUUGGAAGUUGUUGGAAUCUAUGAAAAGCAAAACGAAUGAAGCAAGUCAAUGUGCCAACUUCACUUGGCAUCUCCUUAGAUUUUUUUAAUACCCCAGGUUAGGUUUUCUUAUUGUUAUAAGAAAAGUGGAAGACAAAAUGCUAGAAGCAGAGGUCUGAUGAACAUUAAACUGCCUUUCUCCUCCCAAUUCAGACAAGCUGCAUGUUUCUAGUGUUUUCUUUCAGUUCUACAGGUCACAUUGACAUUACAGUUUACUCAGAAUUAAGUACUGUCAACCAUUUCUGCUCAGUUUUGAGAUGCUGGAGAACUGAUUGCACAGCCAGACUGCCAAGCAGCCUUCAUAAGGAAAUCAUUUAUCUAAUAUUUACCAGAAUCUCUCUGACAUUACGUUAAGUUUUGUGAUGGGUUAAAAAGGUUUAUAUAUUCAUAACCUUAACUUCAAAAACCCUGACAAAAUCCUUAAUAUUUUACUGUGUAAAAAUAAAUUGUCAUUUAAGAAAACAUGAGACCUGCAUUAAAAG